UGAGGAAAAAAGAAAGGGCCUCGGAAGAACGGAAGUAAAGGGAAGGGCUUAGGGAAGGGACCGGAAGUGCUGCGAGGGACGGAGGAAGAUGGCGGGCCUGUCGGUGCGGGACCCCGCGGUGGACCGCUCCCUGCGCUCCGUCUUCGUGGGGAAUAUCCCUUAUGAAGCCACAGAAGAACAGUUAAAGGACAUUUUCUCAGAAGUCGGACCUGUUGUCAGCUUCCGACUGGUCUAUGAUAGAGAGACUGGCAAGCCAAAAGGCUAUGGCUUCUGUGAGUAUCAAGACCAGGAAACGGCUCUCAGUGCCAUGCGGAACUUGAAUGGCCGUGAGUUCAGUGGGAGAGCCUUGCGUGUGGACAAUGCUGCCAGUGAGAAGAAUAAAGAAGAGCUAAAGAGCCUGGGUACUGGUGCUCCCAUCAUAGAGUCACCCUAUGGAGACCCGGUGAACCCUGAAGACGCUCCAGAGUCCAUCAGCAGGGCAGUGGCCAGCCUUCCACCUGAGCAAAUGUUUGAGCUGAUGAAGCAGAUGAAGCUCUGUGUCCAGAAUAGCCCACAGGAGGCACGUAGUAUGCUGCUGCAGAACCCUCAACUUGCCUAUGCCCUACUACAGGCCCAAGUAGUGAUGCGAAUUGUUGACCCAGAGAUUGCUUUGAAAAUUCUGCAUCGCCAGACCACCGUUCCUUCUCUGAUUCCAGGCAAUCCACAAGCAGGGCAAGGGCCUGGGCCAGGUCCGAACGCACAGAUGAACCAGCCAAAUGUUCCAUCAUCCCAGCCACAACCAAUAGGGGGCAUGCAUGUCAAUGGAGCCCCUCCUCUAAUGCAGCCACCCAUGCAAGGAGGAGUGCCAGCCCCAGGCCAGAUGCCCACUGCUGUACCCGGCCCUGGUCCAGGGCCUGGGCCCUUGGCUCCAGGAGGUAAGCUCUGCAGUGUGGAAUGCCAGGGGGGUGCCCCAAUGCUUUUGGAACGUGGGCAAGGGAACCUGCAGCUCUCUCCUGUGGGACCUGCCAGGCCUGCCUCUAUUGAGCGAGUUCAAGUGCCCAUGCCAGAUCCCCGGGCUCCCAUGCAGCGUGGGCCUAUGCCAGCUAGUGGGCCACCACCCCGAGGCCUUCUGGGAGAUGCCCCAAAUGAUCCACGUGGGGGGACCUUGCUCUCUGUCACUGGAGAAGUGGAACCCAGAAGUUACCUUGGACCCCCGCACCAGGGGCCCCCCAUGCACCACAUGCCCAGUCAUGAUAACCGGGGGCUUCCCCCACACGAAAUGAGAGGCGGACCAAUGGGAGAACCCAGACCCUUGAUGGGAGAGCCACGAGGGCCCUUGAUGGAUGGCCGAGGGCCCCCUAGGGGCAUGGAUGCAAGAGGCAUGGAGCCCCCCAGGGGCAUGGAUGCAAGAGGCAUGGAGCCUCCUAGGGGCAUGGACGCAAGAGGCAUGGAGCCUCCUAGGGGCAUGGACACAAGAGGCAUGGAGCCCCCCAGGGGAAUGGACGCAAGAGGAAUGGAACCUCCCAGGGGAAUGGAUGCAAGAGGCAUGGAGCCCCCCAGGGGCAUGGACACAAGAGGCAUGGAGCCCCCCAGGGGCAUGGAGCCUAGAGGUCCUGGUCCAAGCCCAAGAGGUCCAUUGACCGGGCCUCUUAACAUAGGAGCAACUGGCCCACAAGGUCCUCGACAGGUUCCUAACAUACCAGGGGCAGCAAUGCAGGCUACAGGCAUGCCAGGAGCAGGUGUACAAGCAGCUGCCCAGCCUGGAGGGUUCAGCCCUGGUCAAAACCAGGUAACACCUCAAGAUCAUGAAAAGGCUGCACUUAUCAUGCAAGUCCUCCAACUGACAGCAGACCAGAUAGCUAUGUUGCCUCCAGAGCAAAGGCAGAGCAUUCUGAUUCUGAAAGAGCAGAUACAGAAGUCUACUGGUGCUCCUUGAUCUGCAUUGUUUGGGCCUGGAAGUCUUCUGAUGAAAUUCAGCCCCUUGUUGGAGACAGUACUGAAGGCAGCUUAUAUCCCUUUCCUUGUCUGAGCCAGAACAGAAGUGAGAGGAAGGGUUUUCUUUUGUUCCACCUCCAAUUGUUAAUUCUUCCUUUGUUUUGUUUACUCCCUCAUGUUUCGAAUAAAACUAUCUUGGAUUUGA